GCACAGACUGCAUGUACAUGUAUGUUUUGACUGCAUAACCAUAAUUGUUGUCCUCAAACAGUGCAGGUGAGGAACUGAUGACACAAUUCCAUGUGGUGUACCUGUACAACUUACCUUACCAGAGCAUGUGCAAUACCAUGGAUGUCAGCUAAACUCACACAUGAAGGUGACGUUGAAACUGAUGAUGUCAGCCCUGGUGAGCUAGCCGACGAUGAGUCUGAUGAUGUGGAGGAGAAGGAGAAAGAGGCGGAGAGGGAGGAUGGAGAAGUGGGGCCCAAGGAGGUGAAGAGAGAGCAGAUGGAUGAAGAAACACAGAAACCAUCUACCUCUGGUUGCCUGACCCCAGAUGCCACUUCUCUGAAAAGUCCCACCAGAUGCCAAGCAUCCCCUACCCAGCCACUGUCUGCCAAUAGUAUUUCAUUUUCCUCGGUGAAUGGUCCAAUGACAAUGCUGAGCAAAAUGUGCACUGCACUGUCUGGUACAGACAGCGACUCGGAGGAUGAAGACUCUGACUUGGAAACAGUGCUCAGGUUCAGCCAACUGGGGAUGCGCCCAAGCCAGUCCAUUCCAGAGCAGGAGGAAGCUCUCGACCUGAGAGUUUCCAAAGUGAAGAGACGGAAGGACCAAGCACCACAUCAGGACAGAUCCUCCAGUAAGUCCAAGAGAUCUUCGGAUUCAUCUGGUGGUUUGAGUCCGAGCAAAGGCAUUAAGACUGUAUUCUGUGAGACUGUUCCCCGUGAUGUUCUUGCCAGUGUAUCUCGGUUACAGACAGAUUACAGUGUCUUGCCCACGCAGGUCAGUCUCUGCCGGGGAAUAAAUGGCCGUUGUAACUUUGUUCUCUGCACUGAUUGCUAUCAAGCUUUUCCCAAUGUUGGAAUGCUUUCCUUGCAUCUCAUCGCCACUGGACACAACAGCACCAAACAAUUGAAUUCAGAAUUGAUGUUGCAAAGGGGAUACUUGGCCCUUGUCCCUCCAAGAACAGAAUUCUUCAGCACCUGUGCCCUACGCAGGAAACAACGCUUACCUGCUGCAUCUUCAAGGAAAGAACUUUGUGCUUACACUUGUUCAACAUGCUCUGUUUCAUUCCCAGACUUCUUAGACUACACUGUCCAUCUCACAACAAGCGGACACGACAAGCAUGAGAAGCCACACGUCCCACAGUCUAAGCCACCAGCAGGUGACUGUCCUGAAGAGAUCCCGGUGAACCAAGUCCUGAAAUGCAUGAUUUGCCAAGCGUCCUUCAGAACUCUCAAGGACCUGACCAUGCACAUGGUGAGGACUAAGCAUUACAGCCAUGUCCCUGGACAUGCAGGAAUUCUGCUGACAAGAUCCAAUGCUAAGCCCAAUGAGAAGGAGAUGGAUGAAGCAGAGGAAGAGGAUGGAAACAUCCUUGGGGAAGAGGAUACCCAAGACGCAGCUAACCCAGUCAUGGAAUCCCUCCCGGCAACAGUCUUUCCGAAAGAGACGGAUAACCUGUCCCGGAGGGAGAAGAGGAACUCUGAGAGUUCCACCAGCUCCCGAGAAGAAGUUUGUCAGAACACAACAAAGGCAGCCCUCAACCAGAUGUUGGCUGCCCGCAGCCAGCGAGUCCCAGCGAGUGUGGGACGCUCGAGGUCGGUUGAUGCUGAAGCCAGCCAAAAGACAUCAAAGAGCCGAUCGCUGAAAUGUCUAGGCUGUUCUCACCUCUUUGCCAAUGUCCACAAGCUCACAGACCACAUGAAGGAGACAGGGCAUUUUCUUGCCCCAGCAUUUGGUCAUGAUGUGUCCGGUGUUGACAGAAUAGUGGAGCCAGAUGCAUCCACUAAUGGAUUGAGUAUGACAAUGAAAUCCAACUCGGCUGCCAGAAAACUAUGGCCUGAGAGAGGAGAGGAUGACCACCAGCAACCAGGGGACAAAAUUAAGAUUAUCCUUAAAGAUGGUGCCUCAAAGCAGCAGUUGCUGAAUGUGUCCUCAGUGAAUGCAGAUUCAAAGAGCAAAGAGACAGCACUAAGAAGUAACAGAGCUGACUCGAGAGAAGAUGACAACACAGAAGAUAAAGCUCAGAAAAAACUACUAAAGGCAUCACCUGCAGAGAGCAAAGAAGAUGAAGUCAAGGGAGAAUCUCCCAAAUUGGCUAUUGCAAGUGAAUUGCUGCAUUCACAGAAAUCACCAAGUCCCCAUCCAUCUCCCCCAAGCACAUCUGUGAGGUAUGUUAACCCAGACAAUUUUGAUGAGCUUUUCCCAACAAACUUGACCCGCCCGAAGAGCUCAGCGAUGGAUAACAAUACCAAUAACCCACUUGAUAAACUGACUUCCAUGGUGGAAGCAGCACGGGACACAAACUUUCAUCCCAGGUUACUCGGCCACCGCCACCGCCACCACCCCAAUCUCCACAACUCACCCUGGAUGCCGUUGGUUGAAACCCCUCAGCAGCAGUUUGUGAAUGGCAGUGGUGUAUUUCCCAGCUAUGCCGGUCUUGCCAUGGUGUACAAUGCACUCUCUCAAGCCACUAACCCUUCAGAGGCCAUAGCCUCUAAGAUGGAGAAGCACCUUGCCGCAAAAGAAUCUGAAAAUGUGACUGUUGCUGAAGCAAUUGACAAAAUCUUAUCCCACUCAUUCAGGAAGGAGGAGAAACACAGUGAUCCCCUUCACGGUCCAAAACUUGGCACUUCAUGUAGGGAGAUGCGACAUGGACAGUCUUCUGGACUUAAGCUAAAUGCACACUCAACUUGCCCAUCGUCUAGGACACGAGUACAUGCCAGAAGAUCUUCACGUCACAUGAGAACUGAGCGUCUAAAGAGAGUAACAGAUGCCAAAGAGUCUGUGGUGGAGCACCAAAUCCACAGAAAGACACACAAAAGGAGACGCUCCCUGCCAGCAGACAUGAUAAAAACUUCAGUCACAAAAGGAAUUGUCUCUCAGCCAAAAUGCAGUGGGAAGAACAUUCUUUCUUUGAAACCCUACAGGGCAGAUAUUCAGCGAGUGGAUCAGACAAGGCCCACUGACAGCAACUCCCUUUCCCAUGCCUCAUCAUCAGGCAGCAAGAAGGAGGUGGUGAGGGCAACCACAGUGAGUGUCCCAGUUCAAAAGAGCUUUCCAAAGAAGGGUUUGGUGUCCGUAUUCAUGAAGAAGUCUGGUGGCUCCCUGGCGAGCCAACGACAGGAGCACAAUGGGACAAAUGCUCCCACAAAGUCUGGAAAUAGUAGGGACUCACCGAGAAAGCAUGAACAUGAGAAUCGACAAUCUGCAGCAAGCAGUCUUGGAGAGAGAUUGGCAAGGCUGGGGACAGGGAUGCAGAAUCAUGAGCCAGGUUCGCAGCUACCACCACCAGACCCCAAACCCGCCAAAUCUAGUAGCCUUUGUACUAAGAAUGUCCAAGAGCCUCUCACAAGAUCUGCUUAUUCUGCAGAGUUGCGUGAUAAAACUGAGGAGUCUAGUUGUGCAAAAGAUGAGCUUUCUGUUGAAAACAGAAAGACAGCUACCAGUGGAAGAACUGAGCCAACUUCCCAUGCACGUAGCAGUGGAGAGAAUCCAAAUUGUUACCCUUGUGUGUUGCCGAGUAGCAUUGAGAUAAAGAAAGAGAGACCUGAUAACACAUCAUCAGAGUCUGGUGAAUUGUAUGGCUGUCAAAGGAAAACUCAAGACUCUCGUCAGAGCCCACCAGUUGUUCAAAUGAUGCAGAAUCAUCUCAGUCCAAAUGACAAAUCCCCAGAUAACGUGUUUUCAAGAGAGGGUGGGCAGGCAUCAAGUCACAGCGUCGAACACAAUGGAGUUAUGCCAUACGAUCCAAAUGGUGAUACCGAAAGCGUGAACCGUGAGGGGCAUAUCAGUCGACUGAAGAGAAGUCUCGAAAUGUACAAAAUGUUCUGUGGCAGUUCAUCCUCUGUGCAUGAAAUGAGGCCCACUCUUAAGUCUGACAGUAGCAGAAAUGCAAUGCAUUCACCCUCCAAAGUCAUCAGCCAAUCUGCCUGUCAGGCCUCAACCUCAGGUGCUCCAAGGAUAAAGCAAGAGCCUGGGGCUGAAGUUGCAGCCAGCGAUCAGGAAGGCAGGCCUCUGAAAUGUCAUGGCUUGCCGGUCAAGAGAACUCACAACAAUAACUCCCUGCCACACUCUUCCGAGAGCAAUAACGGAGACGUCAGAUCAGCCAGUAGGAAUCGGGCUUCCCCUGAUUCACCAGCAAACUGUGUUCCGGACAACAGGAAGAGUGCCGAGUUCGCCAUCGGUAGCUCUAGCCUGGUCCAGUUCAGUGAGUCUGCAAUUUACCCCAACAGUGACCCACUUCAAGAGAUUGAUAAACUAGUCAACAGCACCACAGGCAUCCAGCCACCUCCUGUGCCACCGAAAAUUGCGCGGAUCUCAGUGGACCUGAUAAAUAGAGGCACGUACAUGAUGAAGAGGGAGCCGGAGGUCUAUGUCAACCCGGGCAGUGAAAACAUCAAGACCAAUCCACUGGAGGAAAUGUGCAAAAUGCUGAAUGCAACACACAGAUGACGGCAUCAUAAGUAGAUCAUUGACAGGUUUAAUGAUGGAGUUCCACAGCUUUGCUUGUUAUCAACCGGACCUCACAGUUCAAGCCCCAGUUCUCUCUCUCUGCCCACGCUGUUGUGUAAGAGAAGGCAGACCUUGCCAGUGCCGCUGUGGAAUGGUUCUUCUUGACUCUUCACUGGUGCAGCAACAGCGCUGGGGGCAUUACAUCAUCCUUCCUCGAGCCAAUUUCAAGGUGCUGCUAGAGCAUUGACCAUUGACUUAGUACAGAAAAUAUUUUUUUAUCCACCGGUUACCAACCAAAAAACCAUAGAGUGUACAUUGCCUGUGACUGGUUCUAAGGUGGUUUGAUUUUUUUGUUAUGCUUAGCAUUUAAAUUUCUUGGCAAACUGUUGUGUUGAGCUCCUUGAAACUGGACUCAGGUUUUCUGGAAAUGUGCGUAACUGCAUGGCGGUGCUUUUUUCAGGUCAUGUAUGUAUAUAUCGGUCACUGUGAUAAUCUUGGAGAGGAGAGGGACAAGAAAAAAGGCUUACCUAGUAUUGCAGUGAGGAAGUCUGUGCUUUAGUUUGCUUGCAUUGAAGGACCCCACUUCAAGGCCUCAUUCGCUAUGUCCAAUGCUGUUGAAUUUAGUAGGUGUUGGAAAAACACCCGAUCCACCACACAGAAAUGGAUCACUUUGCUUCAUGGCAUGCAUGGGGUUAUAACUUCUGACUAGUACCACUCAACAAAGAUGUUAGACGUUCAAGAGAAACCAUCAACACGUAAGGCCUUACUGCUUACUUGGUCUCAGUAGAGUUCCAGCACUGCAUGUGUUUCAGAGGUUGCAUGUUCAAAUCUUGCCUCCUAGUUUCUUUGUUAAUCUUUAUAAUUACUAUGUAAGCACCCAGGCAGCUUCCCUGUAUGGUUUAUUGUAACCAGUCUAAAGUUUUUGCCAUUCAGCAUUGAAAAUUUUUGAGUCCAUGCACUUUCAUAUCUAAGAGUAAACUCUGCCUGAUUUGAAUAUUUAUGGGCUGGAAUAUUACCAAGUCAAAGUGCAAAAUGAAAUUGCAGUCACUUCACAGACAGUAGGCAGAUUUGCUCAAACUGAUAUGAUUAAUUCUGGUUUGUUGAGUGGGUGCGCAUAUUGUCCAGGCUGCAUUUAAUUUGCUUUUCAUGUGAGGGCUGCGAGAUGGAACCUCUAGCAAGUACAUGUAUUAAACCAUUCAUUUGGCAAAAUUUCUACACAGCCAAAAUUUUGAUGCAAAGGUUUUCAAUGAGUUUUUGUCUAUGCAGAUAGCUCCAGGGUGCCCCUGUAGCUAAAGCCUAGCUUGCUUGGUUGAGUAGAGGGAGGAGAGAUUUGGAUCCUUUCCCCAUCUUCUUUGGCAGCUACUUCGGGGGUUUUCUGCGUUGCCUCAAAGUGUUUAGCUUAUAAGGUUGCUGCUAGCAGAGAUUUGUCGCUGGUGCUCAUAACAUGCCACACACAUACUUGUACAUGUAGACUAGGUGCAUUGUACUACAACUAUUGUAACAGAGUGUGCCAGAGGCUGUAUAGUGCGUACACUUUGCUUUUACGUUCAUGCAAGGGAAACACCAACACUUCAGAGCAUGUUGUGCAUCAGUGACACCGAAGUGUCCACACUCAACUUGUAAUCCUAGAAUUUUCACCCACAGAGGGCCAUGGUGUGCACAAAGACAAUUGGCCACAUAUAUCACAUGAAGUUCUGACUGCUUUCAAAAACCACACCUUCAUCACUAGCUGCACUUUUUUCUUGUGUCAAAAUCAGCCCUCCCCCCAUCCCAGCAGAUGGCAAGGGGAGGGGGGAAAAAAGAUACCAAAAAGAAAAGAAAAUGAAAAAGGUGGAAGGCAAGAAGAUGAUAAGCGUGAGCAGACAUUAGCAGUCGUGGGUGUCUUGCCACAUUACUUCUUGUCAGUCAUCACCCGAUCAACUCCAGUCAUGUGCUCUGCUGUGUGAAGGGCCGUGUCAGUGCACUUAAAACAUGCCCAUGCAAGCUUCCUCUUGGCCUCUCAGAGUUCAACCACAAUUGACAAGUUUGUGCUAAGAGAUCUCAGCCCCAGUGUCCAAGUGAAAUUUUGCUGGCUUUUCUCUCAAAAAGGGGCAAUGUCUGCACGAACCACUGAUGAGGCGGUGCCAUAGAUUUGUUGUUUGCCGGGGGGGGGGAUGGAUAGAUGGAAGUCUUGCUUACUUGCAAAGUCACAAUUAAUAAUCUUUUUUUCAAAAAUGCACACUGGAGACACACGCAUUUUCAGUUGACAGUUGGUCAUAUUGAAUUGAAAGUGAGGUGAACUUUUUUAUUUAGGGAAACCUAAGAAUAAUUUGAGUGUAGUAAAAUAAAAUUUAUUACAAAUCAACUUCAUUUAUAGAGGUGAAUGAUUUCAAAUUUGCAAUUUAUUAUAUCCAAAUGUUAUAAACAUUUUUGGAACCUGAAAUAAUCUGGCACCACCCAGUUUGACAGAUUACAUUGAAUAAGAUUAAGCCUUGGGGAAUGUGAUAAAAAAUGGCUCCCCUGUGAAUCAGAUCUAUUGUAAUUUGGCAGGCUACUGGGAAAGAGGAUUCUAAAUCAUCCAUCCAGCUCAUAAACCUCUGUCCAUGUCUGUGUGCAAGUGUAGACUUGUAUUCAUUACUACUUUUUCUACUCAGUGCUCUCCCCCACUCAUUUCAGGGGUAUACUCAGGCAGGUGUACUUUUCUUUGCAAGUUACAAGUCUUGCGGCCCAAUCAGUGGGGGGGGGCAGUUUGGAUGUGCCUGAAACUAGGUCAAGGCAUCCUCUGGGAGGUUCCCCUGGAGAUUGCAGCAAUUGCCCCAUCUGGCACCCACAGGCGUUGACAUAUUUGUCACUGCUGACUUAUCCAUCUCCAAAUCCUCCUAUUUAUUAGGGGAGGACUUAUCUUGUCUAUUCUGCUGUGGUGAGUGAGAAUCACAUCUCCUUGCCCCCCCCCCAUUUAUUUGCCAGCGACACUUGUUCCAGCGCUUUAGUCCCCUUUUCCCACCUAUUCAAAGAAGGCAUUGGUAGCUUGCUGUAUUGCUGUAUUGUUUUGUUGCAGGUAGUUGGUUUUUCAGGGUUACCAAAGAAAAACAGAUGCAGGUGCAACAGCUUACAAGAAUAUAUACCCAUUUCCUUUUAAUUGAAAUAAAAGGAACCUUUGUUUUGCAGCGAAUGGGACUUUGUCGUGGAGAAAAUUGACUAUGGCAGCUCGAGGUACCAGCCUUUGUCUUGUCUCAUGUCCCUCUUCUGAUGCUCCCGUCCUGUGCCGUAAUAUGUAUGUGAGACUCGUGGCUGCCAUGUUGCUGUCAGUACAUUUACUACAGCAACCAUCCAGGUUGGCAGUUUGUUCGUGCACUUUGAGGUUUUUUGAAGGGCGUUCCCUCCCAAUUUUCACAGUUUGUGAACAUGUCAAAAUGCAGUUUGUAUUCGUUAAUAUUUUUGCAUUGACUUGUUAUCACUGCUCAUCAAGUGAAGCCCUAGUACUGUGAAGCACUGGUAAGGAGUGUACACCAAGUGACAUUUGAAUCUGACCUGAAUCUGCCUUUUUGGGAGGUUUGGAAGAGACUUCAAUCCAAAUUCAUUGAUACCUUAGACAGUUUUGCCAUUCCUGAUUGGUUGAGAGCCUGUCACAUGGCCAGUCUUGCACAGUUGAUAAAACACUGGCUGGCUGUGGGCCACCUUGCACAGCACACACCAUGCCUGUGCCAUUCUCCAUAUAAGGAGAUUGUUUGUGACUGCUCACACGAGAAACAUACCAUAACAUGGUUAGAGGGGUGUUGAAAAAAUUAAGUAACAUUGGGGAACAAAAUCAUGCGAAAUGUGUGAUUUGGCCUGUGUAAUGUUGAAGACCAGCCAAGUACUUGUUCAUCCCUCAGUCCAAAAUCAGAGUGAGAACACAGUUAGGGCAAAUAAAUGGCACAGUUGGUUUGUUUACUCUUAGUGCUGUAGUUAUCAGAUUUUUUGUUUUUAAGAUGGCUCAUGUGUGGUUCAUUUCAAGGCCUGUCCGCCUCAAGCAGAAGCACCCCCUCAUCGGUUGAAAAGAACCAUGUUGGUCGGGAAUUUUUACUUUGAUGGUAGCGAUGCAACCAUAUCACAGGUGUAUUUCCUAGUCGUUUGUUAACCCGGUUCUGACAAAAGGAGCCUCUGUUGCAAAGAAAAUAGCACGCUUUCUUGGUCCAGCUCAAGGCCCUAUUGGUCCUCCUAGAUGAAAGGCUCUGUGAGACUUCCUGAAUGUUCCUGCAUGCAGUCCCAGCUUCACAGCCUAUUUAUUAUGCAUGCUGUUUUUAAGCUAUUUAUAAGAAUAGCCAAAAAUGAAAAUGAAAUGAGCAUACUCUUUUAUCACAGUCUCUUCGCAUCAGGAAAUAUUUCUGCAAGAGAUCUUUUUGGUCAGGAAUUGGGAAUUGUUGGACCAGCAACCUAUCAACUGUAAAUGCUUUGUAUGUAGUGAUCCGUAUAUAAUGAUACUGUGACAGUUCAAGUCUGCACUUACUUGAAUGCAUGAACUCUGGGAUUAACUUCAUGCCACAGUGUACUGAUCUGUUUGUAGACUGUGCCUUUUGUAAGAAUAUGUUGUGCUUGUAAUUAUGGACUGUCCUCUGAGGUACCUGUUAUUGAUAAAAGUUUUACUAUCGCCCAGUAGUUUUAUUUAUUUAAAUUGCUUUUUUUUUAACCAAAAGUAUUACAAAGUAUUUGACGAUGCAGUAACCAACAUUAAAUGUUGAUGUUUGACUUUACUUAUUGAAACACUAUGGUUUUAGAUGCUGGCAUUUCAUUCACCCAAUUCAGUUUGUGGCUCUUAUGGGUAAAUGGUUGAUCUUGAUUACAAUAAUGCCACUGCAGAGUAAUAGUAUGAAGUAUGUUUUUACUAAGGGUGAAACUUGUGUCAACCUUUAGUCUGGUGUGCAGUGUUUGUAAGCUGACUUCUUGGUUUCUAGCACCAAGCGUAAUGGGCAGUCACGGAAUAGAGUACAUUCACUCAGGUAUGUCUUGACCAGAAUUGGGGGAGGGGUUGGUGAGAGCGGUUUCAGGCUCAGAAGAGAUGCAGUGUGUCACCACUGAGGAAUGCAUUUUGUCUUCCGUUUUUGGACACUCCGUGGUAAAAACUCAAUUGCAGUUGUACAUCAGACAAAUUAUUUUUUUGACCUGUCAUGUUAAGCAUACAUCAUCUGUGAGAUGAUUUAAUCGCUCCUAGCACCCUCAUCCUCUCUGUAAUUGUGGUAAAGAAAAAUAUGUCCAAGACUUGACCAUCUUUCAAUUAGCUUGGGGUUUUCCCUCAACCAGUGUAGCUGCAUGAACUCUGAAACAAAGAGCACACAUGGAGUGCAGUGGAAGACAGAGAGGGGGCCAAUGCAUUAUUACUCGCCUUCAUAGUGUUAUCACAAAACUGAGAGCAAGACGCUACAGAUCUCAAUCUACAGGAUGUCUCAAAAAUGCUGCACCCCAAAGUAACAUUUAUUUACUCACAAAAUGAUUGUCAGAAAGUGGUUUCAUUUGGGUAUCAAUUGAAGCUUAGAAUGUGAUCUUAUCAAACCUGGAGACUUCAUUUAUAUCUGAUGAUACCUUGUGGAGGUAAGCUCGUAAAACAACUGCUGUUUUGUUCCGUCCAAUGGGAUUUACCACAGCGAACAAAAUGCUGUGUUUAUUCCGUUUAACACCCUCCAAACACAUCAGAUCAUUGGAAAGGCCUACAGAAUGAGAAUACAGAACUGGAUAGGGUUCUGUUUUAUGUUACAUUUGUAAAACCCUUAUUAUUUUGCAAGAAACAGAUCCUGAAAUGGUUCAAAGUAAUGAAUGUUAGAAAGUAGACAUUCAACACUUUGCUACAAAUUGACUGAGGUCAAUUGCACAAAGUCAACUAUAGUUGUGUGAUAAUUUAGAAUCUUAAUUCUGUGCUGGUGUACACUUUCAAGAUAAACAGAAAUAAUUCAUCAGACAGAACAAAGAAAAAUAUGUUGUCAUGUAAUUAAAGAUAUCUUUGCAAUGCAAGAUGACCUUCAAAUGCAUUUCCCAGCAUAAAUAGAAAAAAACACUGUGAGCUUUAGUAUGUCACCAAAUCAACGAUUUCUGACCGUUACUGCAAGAAAAAAAAGGAAUAUCACCUUUGAACACGAGCUCCAUUUCUGGGAAGAGACACACUGUACAGAGUUGUUGGCAUGUGGGCCCCACAAGAACUCUCUUAACCAAAAGCAAAGACGCUACACAUGCAGUGGUGUAGCCAGGAUUUUACAAGUGGGGGGGGGGGCACAAAGGGGGCACCAGCUUUCAGUGGUGUGGUUUUUUUGGGCAAGUUUUUGUUAGCCUUGUUCAAUAUCGUUACUUUUUUCUUUCUUUCUUUCUUUGGGGGGGGGGGUGUGCCCGGAAUUUGUGGGUGGCACGUGCCCCCCUGGCCCCCAGUGGCUAUGCCUUUGUAUACAUGAAGGGCUUUGAAGGAUCACACACCUGGAGGAUUAAUACAGAGAAAUUCAAAUUUGAACAGGUUUGACAAUUGUGAAUAAAAUUGUUCACCAUUCCCUAUUUAAUUGUGUUGUGCUUCAUUGUUCCGGCUCCUAAAUUCAACAAGUGUCAGUGGGAGUAGGGGAGAGAAAAUGCCGAAGUCUUUGAUCAGUGUGCUUAUCCAGUAACUGCAGAUGUUGUCAUUUUAAUUGUGUAGUUAGUAAAUAUUUACAUGUACAUGAAUUUGGGACAUUUGCUGGGUGGAGAUUUUUUGGAAGUCAGUCUCUGAGAAUAUAAUGUUAAAGGGCAAUAAUUAUUGUUAUGAAAGCUGUAUAUGGAUUAUACAGCAUUUUGGUGUAAACAUUGAAAAAAGAUAUUACAGAUGUAUGACAUUGUCGAUUCAUUUGUUUCUGUUGCAGAAAUUUAAUGCUGUGUAAAUAGAAUGUGGAUAUAUUGUUACAGGUUGUUCUUAAAGGAAGAAAUAAAGAAUUUUGCAAAGCAGCUGUGGGUUAACAUGCUUUUGAUAAUAUUUAAUAUAAAUAGAAAACAAACAUGCUUUCUUUCUCAGCUGUAUUUAACUUGUGUUGUGUAAGGUCAUUGUCAUUAUCGGUUACAAUACAUGUCCAAUUAAAUUUAGCUUCUAAUGUGCUAUUUGA